CGGGGUGCUGGUUUGCUAGCGAGUGUGAAACCGCGUGUUAAUGUAAGCGGCGCAAGAGGCGCGGGCGGCGGCAGGAGCAGCGGCGGGGACCCCGCGUCCCGGGGCAGAAGCCGGGACUCGCCUUCGACGUGGCCCGCCGCGGAGGGAGACAGAGCGGCAGCGCGCUCUCAGUCGCGUGGACGUUUGCCUCCGGGUCGUGAGAACUUUGCGGUGGCAGGAGCUGGUCAGCCCUUUGCUAAGAGCCGAGGAGGGGAAGGCAGGCGCAGGGAGCGCCCGAGCCGCGGAGAGCGACCGGCGGCCUGAUGCCCGGGGUAGAGGCGCGGCGGGCGGCCAAAGAGCUGCACCGGGAUCACUAGCCAUCGACUGGAGGGAGGACGCAUACUGGCGUGACCCUGCCAGGACCCCGCUAGGCUUCGAAGCUCCACGCCCCGCCGGAGACUCGGCAACGCCGGUGGAGAGCCGCCGGUGACCCGGAGCUUACCGUCGUGGGAGCGGGUGACCUCCCGACCCGAGACGCGGCUCUCGCCGCUGGCUGUCUACGUGGGUUUUAGCCAAGGCGCCACCUGCACGACCGCCGACGCAGGGAGGAGACACACAGCCUUCCUGCAUUUGUGAGCCGCAGAAGGGAGCGCGCCGGGGGCACCGGGUGGAGGGCCACCGGAGGUCCGGGCGCCCCCGCUGCGCAGACUCGCAAGCGCGGGGCCGGCCGAGCCGCCCGCAAUGUGGCCCUGAGGGCGGGGGCCGCACCCGUCGCGCCCUGGCCUUGCAUCCCGAGUGCCCCGUGCGCCGGCCUGCUGCGCUGCUUCACGUUCCUCGGCGGGAUUCAAGUUGGAAGUGGCGCGGAGGAUAGAGCUAUCCCGGAACAGAGCCGCGGCUGCCGCCAGAGCGAUGUUCCCGCAGAGCCGGCACCCAACGCCGCACCAAGCUGCAGGCCAGCCCUUUAAGUUCACUAUCCCGGAGUCUCUGGACCGGAUUAAAGAGGAAUUCCAGUUCCUGCAGGCGCAGUAUCACAGUCUUAAAUUGGAGUGUGAGAAACUGGCAAGUGAAAAGACAGAAAUGCAGAGGCACUACGUGAUGUAUUAUGAAAUGUCAUAUGGAUUAAACAUUGAAAUGCACAAACAGACUGAAAUCGCCAAGAGAUUGAACACCAUUUGUGCCCAAGUCAUCCCAUUUCUGUCUCAGGAACAUCAACAACAGGUGGCCCAGGCUGUGGAACGUGCCAAACAGGUGACCAUGGCAGAGUUGAAUGCCAUCAUCGGGCAGCAGCAGUUGCAAGCUCAGCAUCUCUCCCAUGGCCAUGGACCCCCAGUACCUCUCACGCCUCACCCUUCAGGACUUCAGCCUCCUGGCAUCCCGCCCCUUGGGGGCAGUGCCAGCCUUCUCGCGCUGUCUAGUGCUCUGAGUGGGCAGUCUCACUUGGCAAUAAAAGAUGACAAGAAGCACCAUGAUGCAGAGCGCCACAGAGACAGAGAGCCUGGCACGAGUAAUUCCCUCUUGGUCCCAGACAGCCUAAGAGGCACAGAUAAGCGCAGAAAUGGUCCAGAGUUUUCCAGUGACAUCAAAAAAAGGAAGGUGGAUGAUAAGGAUAACUAUGACAGUGAUGGGGACAAGAGUGAUGACAACUUAGUUGUGGAUGUGUCUAACGAGGACCCUUCUUCUCCACAUGCAAGCCCCACACACUCACCCCGGGAAAACGGAAUUGACAAAAACCGUCUGCUGAAGAAAGAUGCUUCAGGUAGCCCGGCAUCCACAGCCUCCUCUGGAAGUUCCUCUUCCCUGAAAUCCAAAGAAGUGAGCCUGCAUGAAAAAGCCAACACUCCUGUUCUGAAAUCCAGCACACCGACGCCUCGGAGCGACAUGCCAACCCCAGGCACCAGCGCUACUCCAGGCCUCCGUCCAGGUCUUGGCAAGCCUCCAGCCAUGGAACCCCUUGUCAACCAAGCAGCAGCUGGCCUGAGGACGCCCCUGGCGGUGCCUGGCCCAUACCCUGCCCCCUUUGGCAUGGUGCCCCAUGCGGGCAUGAACGGAGAGCUGACCAGCCCUGGUGCUGCCUAUGCAGGUCUACACAGCAUGUCUCCACAGAUGAGCGCUGCAGCUGCUGCAGCUGCUGCUGCUGUGGUGGCCUAUGGGCGCUCCCCAAUGGUUGGUUUUGAUCCUCCUCCUCACAUGAGAGUACCUUCUAUCCCCCCCAACCUGGCAGGAAUACCUGGAGGGAAACCAGCAUACUCCUUCCACGUUACUGCUGAUGGCCAAAUGCAGCCUGUUCCUUUUCCCCCUGAUGCCCUCAUUGGACCUGGGAUUCCCCGACAUGCUCGGCAGAUCAACACCCUCAACCACGGGGAGGUGGUGUGUGCAGUGACCAUCAGCAACCCCACAAGGCACGUGUACACAGGUGGCAAGGGCUGCGUUAAGGUGUGGGACAUCAGCCACCCCGGCAACAAGAGCCCCGUCUCUCAGCUGGAUUGUCUGAAUAGAGAUAACUACAUCCGUUCCUGUAAAUUGCUACCUGAUGGCUGUACUCUCAUAGUGGGAGGGGAAGCCAGUACUCUAUCCAUCUGGGACUUGGCAGCUCCAACUCCCCGCAUAAAGGCAGAGCUGACAUCCUCAGCCCCUGCCUGUUAUGCUCUGGCCAUCAGCCCCGACUCCAAGGUCUGCUUCUCAUGCUGCAGUGACGGCAACAUCGCAGUGUGGGACCUGCACAACCAGACCCUGGUGAGGCAAUUCCAGGGCCACACAGACGGAGCCAGCUGUAUUGACAUUUCUAAUGAUGGCACCAAGCUCUGGACAGGCGGUUUAGACAACACUGUGAGGUCCUGGGACCUGAGAGAAGGGAGGCAGCUGCAGCAGCAUGACUUCACUUCACAGAUCUUCUCUUUGGGAUAUUGCCCAACUGGGGAGUGGCUUGCUGUGGGCAUGGAAAGCAGCAACGUGGAAGUUCUGCAUGUGAACAAGCCUGACAAGUACCAGCUGCACCUCCACGAGAGCUGCGUGCUGUCCCUAAAGUUUGCUUAUUGUGGCAAAUGGUUUGUGAGUACUGGAAAAGACAACCUCCUAAAUGCCUGGCGGACACCAUAUGGAGCCAGCAUCUUCCAGUCCAAAGAAUCUUCAUCAGUGCUUAGCUGUGACAUCUCUGUGGAUGAUAAAUACAUAGUCACUGGCUCAGGGGACAAAAAGGCUACCGUUUAUGAGGUCAUCUACUGAGAAUACCACGGCUUCAUAUUUACAGUUGGAUUGGGCCAAAUGUUUGGAAUUUGUAGAAAUAGAAGUUAUAAUUUAAAAAAAAAAAAACAGAAACAACAUCAAGAAACCUGAAGAAACCUGUUUCCAAAUCUUGACACAGAACUGCUUUGAGUCUACAAAGAGAAGGCAACAAGUCUUAUCAGUAGACAGUCGCCUGUCUAACUUUGGGCACCACAAUCACACAGAAGCCAGGUGUGGGAUAGAGGAGCUACCUGCUGCCUGUCAGUCCUGCCUUAGCCAACUGUGAGCUUACAUUUCUGUUCCUUGCAAUUCGGUUCACCUUGAGUCCUUUGUAGAGCAGUGGUGUCUACAAUGAACUUGUUUCUUGGUUUUGCAUCUUGUGAUUUUUUUUUUCUUUUUGUAAUUUUUUUGUUGUUUCAACAUUUGUAUAAAUUGUAAAUAUAUUUGGUUUAUUACAGUAAAACCUUUAGUACCAGUAAGUGGUCUUCCUCCUUGACUCUUUUUAAUCAAUACAUUCGAGUCCUAGAUGUGGGUUUUGCAAUUAAAGUCCAUACACACAUAGGUAAGUCCUUUGUACACUUGUUUUUGCAGAAAUAUAUUCAGCUAUGAACAUCUGCUGUAUUGGGACUGAUCCCAUCAAGUCCUUGGGGAUCAACAGAGACUCAGGAUCAGAAGUGGAAUUGUCAGUUCAUGACAGCUUUAAUAGGCGAAAUUGGAAUUACCUUUAAUACUCAUUCUUUGAGGCUCUUGUGAUUAAGAUUUAAAACUAUUACUAUGACUUUUAUUUUGUUUUUACAGGCUCUUACACUAUAUUUUAUGCUCACCUUAAGCUGGUAGCUAUCCUCUUGUCUUAGCCUGGAGUACUAGUGUGUGCCACCCUUGUGAGUUUUUUAACUUAGAUAAUGUAUCAAACAAUGAUCCUGUUUUCACACAUUUUCAUCCCUCCUGUCUUCUUUCUCCCUCAUCCUUACCCCUGAGAAACCUCAUCUGAUGUAUGCGGUUAAAUCUAAGAGUGUGUGGUCACAAAUUAAAGUUGUGCCUUUUCCUAGUAUCCUACUGACAAACCAAACCAUUAUUGUAGGAAGGCCCAGUCUUAUCUACAUUCUUUCUCUUGUAUUUCAAGGAAUAUAUUGAUGAUUUAUGUUUUGUUUUCUGAUGUGUGCUGUUCAGAAAGCUCUGGAGUUCACGUCCCUGGAAAACUGAAGUGGAAAGUCAGCUGGUUAUGUCUCAUUAGUACUUACUUGAUCUAUUAUACUGAUUUGCUUAAUCCAGCAAGCUUUGCCCCGUUCAUCUCAUUAAGACUGUCCCUGCAGCUCUGGAUAUUGCAGUCUGGAAUUAAUCUUUUGUCCUUAUUUUUAUAGACACAUUUUUACUAAUUUGAUUAGGUGAUAUCUGUAACCCUGGGCUCUUAAUAAGCUACCAAGCAUGUUUUCUUUUGAAAAGGCUAUACAACUUAUGCUUUUUAUAUUUGCUGUUGACUUCUAUGUAUUAGGAAAACACAUGGUUAGUAAGUAGCUAAGGAAUUUCCUGUGCCCUUGUUUAUUUACGAUUCAGUGAAUUUGUAGUUGUUCUUUAUGCUUUUCAUUUGUCAUCAAGACCUUUUUAUAUGUUUAAAAAUACUAGUUUUCACCCAAAAACGUUUUUUCAAGGUUUAUUAAAUAUUUUUCAUUAAACAAAUAGCAAAUACUAAUGGCCAAAGCUGAUUUCUCUCUCCCUUCUCUACAUUGUGGAGUGGGUUUCUCCUUGACUUGCAGCAAGACAACCAGCUACAUAGUGAUGGAAUAUUUGUUUCUCUCCUGCCUUAGGCUCGGGCACAGGCCAGCAGUAUUGCUAUAGGUCUACAGAUUGACUUCCAACUACAAGUAGAGAAGGAUGGAAGUCCAGGGAGAUAAACCUGUGAAUAGAAUCUAUUAAAUCCCUUUCAUUCACCAGUACGUUAGCCAGAACAAACAAGGUGAGUCCAGCCUAAAGGGUAGCAGCUUUAGGAGCUGAGAAUGGAAAGUUGGAAUUUGGGAAACUGUUCAGGUCAUCAUUUCUCACUUGUAGAAUGUGAAUGUUAAAAAUCCUGUGCCUAUUGCUCAAGGUAUUGCGAACCAUAAGUUGAUACUCAGCAUGAUAUAGUGACACGUGUCUCAUAAAUGCAGCAUGAAUGGAGUCAUUGUCUUUUCCUUUAUAGUAUAACUCCACAUUAGUUGUGUGUGUGUUUGUAUGUGUGUGUCUACAUACACAUAGGAGCUUUUUCGUUUGUAGGUUUCUAUGUGACUGGUUGGAAGGUCUUUAAUGUUAUUAAUCUUUCUGUUUUCCUUCCUCUGCCCUCUCCUCCUAAUCCCAACCCAAACUUAAUCCUUCAUGUUUCAUUAUUCCAGUUCAACCCUUUAUGCAACCAUGUGCUAUGUUGUCUCCCUUGAAAGCCUCCCCCACCACAUAUACACUAGUUUCCUAACAUCUGUGGGUAUUCCAGAUAUACACAUCUGAAGAUUCAAAGUCAAUACCUACAAAUAAAAGAAAACAUUAAGUGUUUGUGAGUCUGGAGUUACCUUACUCAAAAUGAUUAUUUCUAGCUUUUGUUAAUUUACCUAUACAUUUCAAAAGUUUGUCUUUUUUUCUUUUGUAACAACUAAAUAAAAUUGCAGUGUGUAACCAUAUUUCCUUUUCAAUAUCCAUUCAUCAGUUGAUGGAUAUUUAGGUUGUUUCCAUAUCCUGACUAUUGUGAGAAGAGCAGCUAUGAAUAUUGAUAAGCAGGUCUCUCUAUAGUAGCCUAUAGAGUCCUUUGGGUCUGUGUCCAAGAGUGAAUAGCUGUAUCCUGUGGAUAUCUAUUUCUAGUAUUUUAAGAAUUAUCUGAUUUUCCUAGUGGUUAUACCUGUUUGUACUCCCAUCAGCAGUGAUUAGCAUUCUUCUUUCUCCAUAUCUAAAUCAACAUUUGUUGUUGCUUGCUCUUUUUUAUUUUAGCCAUCUGUCUCCACUGUAAGGUGAAAUCUUAAAGUAAUGUUAAUUUGCAUUUCUCUGAUGGCUAAGAAUGUUGAACAUUAAAAAACCAAAAUGUGUUUCAGCCAUUUGUAGUUCCUAUCUUCAGAACAUUCUGUUGAUGCCUGUGCUAUAUAUGUCAUUAGUUUUCUUGAUGUUUACUGUUUUGGGUUCUUUGUGUAUUCUAGAUACAAACCUCUGUCAGAUGUAUAGCUGAUAGAGUUUUUUCCCCUUAUUCUCUAGGCUGUCUUCCCUCAGGUGAUGGUGUGCUUUGUUGUACAGCCCUUUUAGAUUAGUGAGGUUGUACUUAUUUAUUAGUGUUAAGGUACUACCAGAAUCCUAUUGGGAAAGACCUCUCCGAUGCCUGUGAGCACAAGCACCUUCCCUUCUUACUCCUUUCUCAGAUUUAAGGUAUCAGGUCUAAUGUUGAGAUCCGUGAUCUUGUCGCCAUUGACUUUUAUAAGGGAAGAUAGAAGGAGCGAGCUUCCUUUACAUAUCACUGUCCAGUUUGACCAGCAGCAUUUGUUGAGGAUGUCAUUUGUCCAGUAUGUUGUUGGCCUCUUUGUCCAAAGUUUGGUAGCUAUAAGGAUUGUGAACUUAUAUGCUGGACUUUAGUUCUAUUACAUUGAUCAAUAUGUCUGCUUUAUGCCAGUGCCAUGUUGUUUGUAUUGUGAUAGCUUUUUUACACCUUAAAAUCUGAGGUGUUGACAACUACUAGCAUUUUGUUGUUCAAAACUGUUUCAGUUUUCCUGGGUAUUUGGAAUUUCCAUAUAGGAUUUAAGAUUUUUUUUUUUUAAUUUCUGUGAAGAAUUGUGUUGGAGUUUUGAUGGAAUCUGCACUGUAUUGGUAGAUUACUUUUGAUAGGAUGGCCAUUUUCACACUACUCUACCAACCAAUAAACAUGUGGGGGUAGGGGGUGACUUUCUGUUUUCACAUCUUUCAUAUUUUCUUCAAUUUUGUUUUUCACUGUCUUAAAGUUUUUUAUUGUGUAAGUCUUUCACUUCCUUAGAUUUAUUCCAAGGUUUGUUUGCUUGUUUCUGAAGCUGUUGUGAAUGGAAUUGUUUGCCUGAUUUCUUUCUCAGUGUGUUGCUUACUUGUACUUAGGAAGGCUACUAGUUUUUUGUGUUAAUUUUGUGUCCUCUUACUUUGUCAAGUAUGUUUAUCAGCUGUAGGAAAUUUCUGUUUGAGUCCUUAGGGUCUUUUCUGGGUAGAUGUAUAUCAUCUACAAAUAAGGAUACUUUGUCUAUUCUUUUCAUAUUUACAGGGCCUUUAUCUCCUUCACUUGCUUAAUUAGCCUGAAUAGGUUGGAGGAGAGUGGGCAUGGAAAUGAUUUUUCUUUUUUUCCCCAUUUGGGAUGAUGUUGGCUGUGAGCUUGCUGUAUAUUGCCUUUUUUUUUAGGUUAAGCUAUGUCCCCUGUAUUCCUAGAUUCUUUGGGACUUUUCUCAUGAAAGUAUGUUGGAUUUUAUCAAAGGUUUUUCUCUGUCUAAAGAGAUAAUCAUUAGAUUUUCAUUACUCAGUCUAUCUGUGUAGUAGAUUAUACUUAUUUCUAUGUAUGAGGUAGAUUACAUUUAUUUAUGUAUGUAUAUUGAACAAUCUCUGUAUCCCUGGGGUGAAACUGACUUCAUUAUAAUGGGUAAUCUUUAUGAUGUGUUCUUGAAUUCAGUUUGCAAAUUGAAAUGUAAACUUAAGGGUUUUUUGGAAAGUCAGUUGUGUUGGAUGGUAUUUUCUUGGAGCAAACACUUGAAGGAGUAUUUUACUGAAGCAGACACAGAUGAAAGGAUGUUUUGCUAAAUCAAGCAUGUGGGACAUGUGAAGGAUUCAUCACUAAUGAGAUGCCUAUAUUGAUCUGACUUACACUGCACAGCUGAGCUCUGUUUGUUGUGACUUCAUAGAAUUGCAUCAAAAAAACUAAACAAAACAAAACAAAAAAAAAAACUUUAGGCUGAUUGGCAAAGUGAUGUCAGCUGAUACAGAUUCAAGUGAAGUUUUGCUAAGUCAGAUUCACAUGCUCAGGCAAGAUGUGGUGAGGCAAGCAAGACCCAUGAAGGACAUGUAAUACUUGGAGGGAAUGUAAGUAGGACUCAACAGGCUGUGAGAGAGGCUUGGGUAGGCUUGGCUUGCUUGCUAGUAGAGCUAGCUGUACAAAUCAUCUUCACAUCUUCACUGAGAGAGGCACAGCCAAGAACUUCUGGCAUUCCCCUUGGCCUUGAUUCUUCCUGCGGAAUCGUGGCGAUUAGGCUGAGGCCUGGCUGUCUCUGCUAGGUCAUGCUACCACUGAUGAUUCAAGUUUGCUAUUCUGACUCUAUUGAACUAGCUGGUUUGUUGGUAUAUUCAUGAAGGAUUUGCAAGUGGAUUGAGCUGCCAUUGCUGAGCUGAACUGAACUGCUGAUCUCCUGACAAUGCAGAUGGGAUUUGCUCCAAAGAACCAUUUCUAAACAGGUGCACCCCCUCCCCACCUCCAUCCAACCCUCUGUAUCCUUUCUUUUCCUCGACCUCUGGUGGGUGGAGGUGGAGGACUACAAAGAAAGUUAAAGGGUUUAAGAACCAACAUUAAAAGUAGGCCCUGAAAAAAAUUAACAUUAUUCUAAGGGGUUUUAUUGAGAGUUUUUCCAUUCAUUCAUAUUUAUCAAAGAGAUUGAACUAUGAUUCUCUUUUGUGUAUAAGGAGGUCUUUCUCUGAUUUUGGUAUAAGGGUGAUACUGGCAUUGUAAAAAUGAUGAAAUGUCCUUUAAUUUCCUAUUUUGUGGAAUAAUUUGAGGCGUAUUUGUAUGAGUUCUUUUGAAGGUGUUAGAAAUCUGUGGCGAAUCCAUCCAUCUGGUACUAUGCUGUUUUGAAUUGGAGGAUUUUAAUUACUGGAUCUUUCUCGUUGGAUGUUAUAGUUCUAUUUAAAUUAUUUAUUUCAUCUUGAUAUAGAUUUAGCUUUUAUAGGUGAUAUGUAUCUAGAAAUUAAUUUAUGUCUUUCAGAUUUUCUAUUAUGUUAGAAUAUAGAUAUUUUUAAAAAUAUUGUCAUGAUUCUCUGAAUUUCCUUUUUAUAUAACUUUCUGUAUAUUAUAAUGACUAUUAAUUUGAAUCCUUCUUUUCAUUGAUUUGUCUAAAGGUUUGUCAAUCUUUUCAAAGAACCAACACCUUAUUAAAUUGAUUCUUUGUUUUGUUUUGUUUUCUAUUUCAUUCAUUUUCAGAGCUGAUUUGAUUGUCUCUGCCCAUCUACUUUGUUUUUUUUUUUCCCAAGGACUUUGUGUGUAUUAUUAAUUUGAGAUGCCUUGCUUGCUUGCUUGCUUGCUUGGUUACUUGCUUCCUUUCUUUCUUCUUUCUCCCCCCACCCUCUUCCUCUUUCUCUUUCUUUUUCUUCCUUCCUUCCUUCCUUCCUUCCUUCCUUCCUUCCUUCCUUUUAGCUGUAGUGUUAUGGAAUUUUUUCUUAGGACUUACUGUCUUCAUUGUGUCCCAUAGAUUUUGGGAUGUUAUGUUUUCAUUCAGUAGUUUUAGGAAUUAAUAAAAUUCUUAAUUUCUUUCUUUCUUCAUUCAGUUAACACUCAGUGAGAUUUUAUUUAUUGUCUACAAGCUUGUGAACUGUCUGUGGUUUCUGUGAUUGAUACAUAGCUUUAUACCAUUGUGGCAAGAUAGGAAAUGGGGUGUAAUUUGAAGUUUGCUGCAUAUUUUAGACCUUUUUUUGUAUCAUAAUAAGUAGUUGAUUUUGGAGAAUGUUUCACUGGCUCCUGAGAAAUUAUUCUUGUGAUAAUUAGCUUAAAAUCGCAUGUAAAACAAAGCAUACCUGAAUCUCUUUGAUACAGAUUAUGUGUGAUUACAUCAAAACACUUUAUAAAGUAUAUAUGACACUCUCCAUAAAGAUAAAUUUUGUAGAUUGGUAGAAAUGUCCGUGAGCUACACAUAUUGAAACAAAGGUCACCAGGCUAGAGAGCACCUCCAGUCCAGCCUUCUCAGUAGAAAGGGGGCUUUGCAUUCUUUCUCUGAAAGAACAUCCCUGUGUGCUUGAUAUUCUGGGUUCCCAGAGUACAUAUGUGUAAGCACAAAGAUACCUCUGUAUUUAAUGCAUAGUUUUGUUAGGUCUAGUAAUCUUGUUUGAAACAUGGGAUUGUUCAGGACUUGGAAUACAUGCAGGCUCUUCUGGCUUUAAUAUGUUCUAUUCUAAUGUAUGUGCCUUUAUCUCUCUCAUAGAGCUUUCAGUGCUCUAUGAGAGCUCUUUAGUCUGUGUUCUUAAUAUUUGAACCAUAAAAUAUGAAUUACUUUCUUCUCUGGACUUGUCUAUUUGGUAUUCUGUACGCCUGUUUUGUACCUAGAUGAGCAUAAUUUUAGGUUUGGGAAAUAGUCUUGUAUGGAUUUACUGAAGAUAUUCUAUGCAUUUGCUGUAGCAUUCUGUAUUUCUUUUUAUGCCUUUAAUUCAGGAAGUUGAGGUUUGGUUUUUGUUGGUUUCUUUCUUUCUUUUUUUUUUUUUCCUUUUAUCCCCAGUUUAUAGAAUUUUGGCCUUCUGAUAGUUUUGGUUGACUCUCUGUAUUCUUUUGGUAUGUGUUUCAUCACUUUUGGCCUUGGUCUAUACUGGUUUUUGCCAUGUGCUCAAUUUUAUUUUGGCUUUUUACAUUGUAGAGCUUUGGGAUACAUUAUUAGGUUAUUUAUUAGUGUGAACACUUUCAGCCAUAACCUUUCCUCUAAGGAUUGCUUAGGUAUGUCCCAGAGGUUCUGAAAAGUGUUGUUUUCAUUUUCAUUAUGUUUCCAUUUGUUAAGACCUCCAAGGUUUCUUCAGUUUAAAAGUGUGCUGUUCAGUCUCCAAGUAUGUUUUCUGAGGUUAUCAUUGUUUUUGAUUUCUAGUUUGAUUGUACUGGGGUCUGACAGAUGCAGGAAUCGUUUGCUUUUCCUUUCCUCUUCCUUGCAUCCUUCCUUUUGCUUUGUGUUCUACAAUGUGUUCAAAAAAGUGUCAUGUGCCACUGAUGAAACUGCAUUAUUUAUCUGUUAGGUGCAAUGUUUGUAGCUCUACCAAGUAAGUUUAGUUCACCUGUGGUAUGACUUAACCCUAAGGUUUCUUUGUUGAAUUUUUUUUGACUGUUGUUUUUGGUGGGUAUUUGGGGUUUUUUGUUUUCUUGAGACUGGUUUUCUCUGUUUAACUUUGGCUGUCCUGGAACUCACUGUAGAGUAGGGUAGAUCUCAAACUCCCAGAGAUCUAGCUGCCUCUACCUCCUGAGUGCUGGGAACUAAAGGUGUGUACCACCACGGAUGGUCUUUGCUGAAUUUGAUUUGGAGGACACAUCUACCUAGUGUGAAAGUGAGGUCCUAUCUCCAGGCCUCUGCAGUGAUGUGUACCGUUUAAUGUCAGGACUCAGAAAAUAUGUGGACCCAAUAAAGCCUCAGUGUGUCUUUUGAGCAACA